GAUAGAGAGUAUAAGAGAACGUUAUCAAAAUAAAAACGAAAUAGUAGUCGAUAUCCUUGAAUGGAACAAGGGAAGCAAGGAAUUAUGGUGGCGUCUCAGAGUCAGAAUCCCUUAGAGCAAAUCCAAGCACGUUUCAAGGAAUUGGAAAAUGGCUUCAAACUCUGGCUCUCCAAGCAGUCGCUCCCCGUCGAGGCUGCCGUCGUCACCACCACCAGCGCCGCCCAGGGCGCCGCCAUCGGCGCCUUCAUGGGAACCCUCACCGCCGAUGCUCCCUCUGCUUUCCCCACCCCUCCGCCCAACGCCGCUCUCAACCCUCAGGCCAUGGCAUCUCUUAAGCAAGCUCAGGCUCUAGCUGGAGGUCCUUUUAUUCAGGCUCGGAACUUUGCUGUGAUGACGGGAGUGAAUGCUGGAAUUUCCUGUGUCUUGAAAAGGUUGAGGGGCAAGGAAGAUGUUCAGUCCAGCAUGGCGGCAGCUUUUGGUUCGGGGGUCAUGUUUUCAUUGGUAAGUGGCAUGGGUGCACCAAAUCAAGCAACAAACGCAGUCACUUCUGGACUUUUCUUUGCACUUGUUCAAGGUGGACUUUUCCAGAUAGGACAAAAGUUUUCCCAACCACCGGUUGAAGAUAUUCACUAUGCUAAAACAAGACACAUGUUGAACAAUCUCGGCCUUCUGAGUUACGAGAAGAAUUUUAAGAAAGGCUUGUUAAACGACAAUACUUUGCCUUUACUCACAGACAGUGCUCUCAGAGAUGUGAGGAUUCCCCCUGGACCAAGACUUUUGAUUCUUGACCACAUUCAGAGGGACCUUGAUCCCAAGGAGAAGCGAGGAAGCCGACAUUGAUUGAUAUGAAUAGUUUGCUGCCUUGAACUUUGAAAGCCAUUGAAAAUGGAUCUUAGGAAGGAAGUUUGUGUUGCAAAUGAAUUUUGUCUUUUUUGUUUUUUUAGCUUCACGUUCCAAUGCUGUUGCAGUAUACUUGAUAAAAUUUGAUAACUAAUCAGUCGUUUAUUUCAGUUCA